CCUUCGCCUCUAGACCCCAUCACCAUCAGCUCUCCUCAAGCCCUCCGCAUUCCCACGAGGGCGUUGAUGCAGGUGAAGGCCAGCGGCGGCCUCCCGGAGCUGGAAGGCAGCAGGUCGGCGUCGAGGGUCGGCGGCGCUAUCCGUCGGCGGCGGCAGCGACAGCCGCGGCGCGGCGCGGGGGCGCCCCAAGCGAUGGCCGCGCCCGUCGCCGCCGUGCAGCGGCUCUUCGAGGCGUGCCGCGAGGUCUUCAACGGCGCUGAUCCAGGCGCGGUUCCACCACCGGCCGGUAUCGAGAGGGUCAAGUCCGUUCUAGAUAGUAUCACAGCAGCAGAUGUUGGUCUAAUUCCCAACAUGUCAUAUUUUCGACGUGUUGAUCCCCGUGGCACUCCUAAAAUCACGUACUUGCACCUAUACAAUUGUGAGGCUUUCUCGAUCGGCAUCUUUUGUUUGCCUUCAAGGGGUGUCAUUCCUCUCCAUAAUCACCCUGGGAUGACUGUGUUUAGCAAGCUUUUGUUUGGAACCAUGCAUGUGAAAUCUUAUGACUGGGCAGCCCAACAAGACGCACCUGAUGUCCCAUUGCAAGGACCACGUUUGGCAAAAGUGAAGGCUGAUGGCAUCUUGACUGCACCUCGUGAAACAUCGGUACUAUAUCCAGAAGAUGGUGGUAAUAUGCAUUGCUUUACCGCACAGAAUGCUUGUGCCGUGCUUGAUGUCCUUGGCCCUCCAUAUGAUGAUGGCAGGGGAAGGCACUGCCAGUACUACAAUGUCUCUUCCUCUGCAAUCUCUGUUGGAGGCUCGAUGAUAUUGCCUGGAGCGGAUAGAUAUGAGUGGCUGGAGGAGAGUGAACCACCAGAAGAUUUUUAUCUUGUCGGAUCAACAUACAUGGGCCCAAGAAUUUUGGACCAUUGAACUCCUGUGCAUGUGAGGCUGCCUUGGUUUCUUGGAGCACAUGUGUUUGGUGUAAAUACAUUGCUGAAAGGAAGGUGAUCAAAUGAAAUAAGUACAUAGAGAGCUGGGCCUUGGGCCUUCCGUUGAUCAUCAUCACUUCGACUGGAAGACUGUAAUUGCUUAGUAAUAAGCAAUGAGAACAAGGAACGUGCUUGGCAGCUCAAUAGAUUAUGUAGCGCCUUGGUGUAUUCUUGUUCUUUCCCCCAGUAUUCAGUCUGUAGCAUCUAUCAGUUAGCAUGAUAUUUAGUCGUACCCAUUCUUGGGUUGCCAAAAAUGUUGCCUGAUUGAUAUGACCUUCUGCAGUGUUGGAAAUUGUUGA